UAUAGAAAAAAAUAAAUUAUAUAAAAUCACGAAAAGAAAUGCUUGUCAAUAGUCAAAAUCCUAUACGGUGCGAAUGGUUGAGUGAAGAUCCAAUCUACAUCGAAUAUCAUGAUAAAGAAUGGGGUAAACCAGAAUUUGAUAGUAUAAAACUGUUUGAAAUGUUAUGCCUCGAAGGUCAACAAGCUGGAUUAUCAUGGAUUACAAUAUUAAAGAAAAGGGAAAAUUAUAGAAAAUUAUUUAAAGGUUUCAACCCCUACAUUAUAUCAAAAUUUACAGAAAAAGAUGUGAGAAGACUUCUUUCUGAUGCUAGCAUUGUCAGACACAAAGGAAAAAUUGAAGCAAUUAUUAAUAAUUCCAGAUGUUUUAUAAAAAUGGAAACACAAAAUGAAUGCUUCUCGGAUUUUAUAUGGGGUUUUGUAAAUCACAAACCUAUUGUAAAUAAUAUAUAUAACAGUAAAGAUGUAAAAACAGAAACUACUUCAUCAAUUGCACUUUCUAAGGCACUGAAAAUGAAAGGGUUCAAGUUUGUUGGGUCCACAAUUUGUUAUGCUUUCAUGCAAGCAUGUGGAUUAAUAGAUGAUCAUAUCAAUAAUUGUAUUUGUAAGUCUAAACUUACGUAAACUGAAGCUCAAUUUGUACUGGAAUUAAUUUUGUAAGAUAAGACGGCCAUAUGUAUAGCAUCAUAAAACAGUAUUAAACUUGGUGUAAUAUGUACUUGAGUAAAUGUGUACAGAGUUGGCUAGAAUAUGUCUGCAGUGUUAUAACUAAAAUGCUGGUAACCCACAUCUGACCAAUUUUUUGUUGAUGUUAUAUGGAUAAGAAUAAAAACUAUUGAUGUGGAUAUUUUGUAUUUAUCUAAGUUUAAUACUUUUCGAAAUAAAUAUGACGGGGAUGCUGUUAACAUAGGAUUUUUUAUUUGUUUAGU